CGGAUCAAGUUCUUCGAACAGAACAAAGUAGCUCGUGCACUUGUUAGUUUGUAGAACACAAGAAGUCAACAGCCAUACUUACUGAAAGGAAAAAAAAUUGCACAAACAGCUCAGAAAUCUCUCAAUUUCAUCAAAAAAAAUCAAAUUCUCUCGGGAAAAAAGAUAAAAAUUGAGUGAAAAUGGAAGAAUCGCGGGAAAUACUGCUAAAGUCGUUGGAGAACUCGGGCGUUUGCGUCCUAAACGACGUGUCGUCUGUCCGAGACCUGACGCCGGCGACCUUAGUCUCGAUCUGUGGCCAGUCUCUCAACCUCAUCGGCAAAACGCCGUCGUUUCCCACUUCCCUCCCUGAUUCCUCUGUUGCCGACAGGUUCAAGCUCUGUACGGACAUCGCUUCCGCGUUCAAGAGCCUCGGUUACCUCGCCGACCUCAGUUUCCACCAGUUCUUGUAUCCAUCUGAAGAGGACUCGUACAAGUUGAUAAGAUUCUUGGUGGAGAGGCUUUCAGAAUUAUCUGAAGAUAUCGGAAAAUCUGGUCCCAAGGGUGUCAAUGAUAGAAGGGAAGUGAAAGAAGACAGCUUUGAAAGCAAUUUGGAGGACCACAAAACUGGUGACCAGGGGUCUGAUCAUAGUUAUGACAAAGUUGGAGCCAAAUUGGACAAACUCACAUUCAAUGGGAAAUUGCCUGAACUAACAAAUACUAAUGAUGAAGAUGCCUCUUUCAGCACGUCUGCUGAUGCUCAUCUUAUUCCACAAAAAUUGGAUGAAAACGGUGUUGAUCAUGUAUCCAGCUCUAGUACAGGAGAAUUCAACAAGGGCGGACAGAAUAGUGUAUUAAGCAGGAAGCAUUUGACUGAAAAACUGCAAAAUCAGGAGAAACUGCUCAUGGAGAAGGUUACUGCAAAGGCCUCAGAACUAAAGCACCUUGAAGAAGAGUUGGAAUUAUUAAAAGAAGCCACAGAUAUGGCAUUUGACAUCCAUCAUCCCGUUGAAUUUUACCUUGCAAAACUUAAUGAGCAAGUGGAUGUUCGAAAGCAUCACCUUGGAGAAUUAAAGUCAGAGUGGGAAGUAGUCAGAAAGCAUUUAGAAGAGAAAAAGAAAAGUCUUGAGGAGUCUCUGUAUGCAAACAACCCAGAUGCUCAGGAAAAGCUCCAAAAGCUGAAAAAUCUUGAACUGGAAAAGGAAUCCAUCUUGUCUGCAGUUCAAAAAAGGGAGGAGGAACUUUCUAAACUUUCUAUGGAUCUAGCAAAGCUGCCAAAACUGGAAUCAAGAAGAUCCUAUAUUGAAAGGGUCAAGGAGAUCACAAAGAACAGUCGGAAGCAAGAAGCUGACAUAGAGCAGAUCUUAAAAGACACCAGGGAGCUUCAGUUAGAGAGUAAUUCUAUCCAAGAACGUCUUCAUCGAACGUAUGCUGUUGUAGAUGAAAUGGUGUUCAGGGAAGCAAAGAAAGACGCAGUAGGGAAGCAGGCUUAUAGGCUUCUCACUAGCAUCCAUGAGACUUUUGAACAAAUUCGUGAGAAAAUCCUGGCAAAUGAUAGAAUACGACGAGAAGUGGCCGAACAUGAAAAGAAGCAAAUGGCCAUGGGCUCUCGAAGCUUAAAUGUGGAGAAAUUACAGGCUGAUCUUGAUGCCAUUAUGAGGGAAAAUGAGUACCUAGAGAAAUGUCUCCAGGAUAAAUAAGUGAACUCCUUGUUACCAUAAUUUAUUCUUUCAAGCGUUGAUGUACAUUAUUUC